CUAAGAAUACAAAGUUGCAAAGCAGUUGCUAAUUUCCACGGGUAGAACAAGCUUGCUUUAAGGCAGCGUAGCACGGUGGAUGGAGAGACAGCCAGGGACGCCUGCAAGUUAAGCACAGGACCCCGGGUGUCACACAAGAAAAUGGUUCCAUUAUUGGAACCAGAACCUUCCAAGGAAGCCGAAAUCCCAGAAGAACAAGAAACCAGUGAGGAGUCUGAGAAUAUAUCUAGCUUAGAAAGCAUUAUUCAACAUAUUCUUACAGGAAACAUAGAGAAACUAAAGAAGAUUUUUGAAGACCCAGAAAACCCCUCUCACUCUAAGGUCAUGCAGCUAGUUUUGGAAGAAGAUGUCAUUGGUAGGAACUUCUUGUAUGCAGCAUGCAUGGUUGGGCAAAGCGACCUGAUUAGAAUGUUGGCACAAUGUGGUGUGAACCUGAAUGAGAAAACGGCUAGAGGUUACACACUCUUACACUGUGCUGCAGCCUGGGGCCAAGUGGAAACUUUAAAGACACUGGUGGAUCUGGAAGUGGAUAUCGAAGCACUGAACUUCCGAAAUGAAACAGCCCGGGACGUGGCUCUUCGGUACUCUCAGACAGAGUGUGUUGAUUACCUGGACUUUGCAGUUGCUCACCUGGCUCUGAAAAAGUCCAUUGCAAAGAUCCAGGCAAUCAUUACAGAUCCAGAGAAGGCACCAGGAAAGAUGAACAAGGAAGACAAGAAUUUGCUCAUGAGUGCCUGCCGGGCCAAAAUGGAGUGGCUUGAGCUCCAUGCAGAAACAACUAAAGAAGAGCUUCUUGAACAAAAGCAGCAACUGGAAGAUCUUGUGAAUCCUAUUUUGGUGAAAAUGGCCACACCACGUGAGUAUUGAACAGGAGAGCUGUUCA